UCCAGAGCUCAGCCUGCGCUGAGAGGGGAAGACCUCCGCGCUCUGAUGGACGUCUACAGGGAGGCCAUGCGUUAUCUGGAGUCACAACGUGUGCCAGUGGAAGCAGAGACUGAAGUCUUGGAGGAGGAUGUGUUCCAGGAGGAGGCCGUGUCCUGUUUUCUCUCCCCUUUCCAAGCAGAGAGCAUAGACUUCCCCGAGACCCCUACGUUCCACAGCCCGGAGGAAAUGUUGGAGAGGAAGCUUGUGGUUCUGAAAGGCAUCCUGGAGAGUGAGGAGGUUUAUCUCAGAGAGCUGGAGGCACUGCUGAUGCCCAUGAAGGCUCUGUGGGCCUCAGCCGGGACCUCCCAGCCAGUUCUGUCCUGUCGACAGGUCCAGACUGUUUUCUACCAGGUGCCCGAGCUCAGAGACAUGCACCAGAGCUUCUACUCUGGCCUGAAGGCCCGGCUGAGCGCUCACUGCCAGACAGAUCGUAGCCCAGUUGAGGGAAGAGAGAUGAGCCUCACAGAAUGUGAGCUGAUGGUGGGGGACUUGUUUCUAAAAAUGGUGAACCAGAUUGGCCUAUACAGGGGUUUCAUUGAAAACUAUGAGGAAGCCGUUGAAGUCGUUCGCAAGUGCACACAGUCAGACCCUCGCUUCCGAACUCUGGCCGAGAGCAUGAUGUCUAACAACGGUGCAGACAAAGCUCGUACCAAAUACACAUUUGAAGCUCUACUGUACAAGCCUUUGGACAGAGUGACCAAGACCACACUAGUGCUGCAUGACCUCCUGAAGACGACACCAAUGGAGCAUGGCGAUUACAUAGCCUUACAGGAGGCUCUGAGAUUGUCUCGCAGCUUCCUGUCUGGUGUCAAUGAGAGUUCACGGUGCAAACGAGAGGUCACGCUCAGCCAUGGCAUGAGACGUCAGCUGAUGCGUGAUGGCUUUGUGGUGGAUGUGAGUGAUGGGGAGCGCAGCCUACGUCACAUCUUCCUUUAUACCGACCUCCUGCUGUGCACCAGAUUCAAACAUGCAACCAAGGGGAAGCAGGAUCAGUACAGGUUCUGCUGGUAUCUGCCUCUCGCUGGCCUCAAACUAUGCUGGGUGGCAGAUCAGGAACGAUCAUCUGACGCACAGCUGCGCUUAGACGCCAUAAGAACCAAGAUGUACCUCCUCCGACAGCAGCUAGAGCAACAAGCAAAGGGAUCCAGAGGCAUGAUCUUGGCAGCUCGCAGCAGGAAGAAACUAGAGCAAAUGGAGCUGAUGCUGCUCAUACAUUCCCCUGUAUAUAGACUGGAGCUGCACAGCCCCAGUGGCAAGAGUCACGCUCUCCUCCUCUCCUCCUUAUAUGAACUUGAAGAAUGGAGAAGAGCCAUUCAUAAACUCACCAAAGAUAACAUUGAAACUGUCCCUCCAGACCUGCUCACUCUCACCAGUGCAUGUGUGAAACUGAGAAUGACCCAGCAGCCACCACUACAAAGCACCAACGCUGUAGAGGACAAGGAUUCAUUGUGUGGGACUCUGAGUGUGGCGAUUCACUCUGCCUGUGGCCUGCAGCAACCAACCUCUGUUUAUGUGUGUGUUGAAGUGGAUGGCUAUGAGUUUUAUGAUAAACAGGCCCAGACACACUCUUCAGUCCACAGCCUCAACCCACACUGGGACCAGGAGCUGUCUUUCCAGGUGGACAAGGCUCAGAACCUGAGGGUGCUCUGUGUGAGUCAGUCUGACAGACAGGAUGAUACAGUCCUGGGAAAAACGAAUUUAAAGCUGGAAUCUAAAUCCCUCAAUAAGCGAUGGAGGAGAGAGACUCUACAGCUUGGCCAAGUGGAGCUGACUCUGUCCCUUAAGUACAGUCCCCACCCACUUGACCUGCCCAGCCCUGCAGCACAGCAACAGCGUGUCUUCUGUGUCCCAAUUGAAACUGUGGCUCAACAGCAGGGAGUGCUGGUCCCCCAUGUGGUGCGAUGCUGCGUGGAGGAGGUGGAGAGGAGAGGCAUGGGUGAGAUAGGAAUCUACAGGAUUUCAGGAAACACCAGAGAAAUCAACAUGCUCAAGGCCGCGUUCAACAGCAGUCUGCGUGAGGCGGUAACCAGGCUGAGGAGCGCAGAGGUGAAUGCCGUCUCUGGCGUUCUCAAACUGUACAUCAGAGAGCUGCCUGAACCCCUCCUACCCACAGAGCUGUUUCAGAGUUUGGCCAGGACGCUGGACAUCCAGGACAUUGACUCGCGGCUCGUCUCCAUGCUGUCCCUGCUACAGUCCUGUCCUGACGCCAACCGCCACACCUUCCUCUAUCUCCUGCGCCACCUCCAACGAGUCUCUGAGAGGCAAGACAUCAACAAGAUGUCUCUGAUGAACCUGGCCACGGUGUUUGGUCCGAGCCUUUUACGCCCCCCUGUGGCUGGACUGGGACACGACGGCCCUGCUUUGGAUAUCUCCCAGGAAGUGGUGUUGCAGGUCCAGGUGGUCUUCUCCUACCUGCAGUGCAAGAAUCUCCCUGAAUACCAGAUCUCUUUACCACAUGACACAGAACCUGAAGAUGAGACCACCCACAUGUGAGACCACCGACAGUGUCACGGCUGACAGGAAAUUUCAAAAAAAAAAAAAAAAAUAUGAGUAAGAACUGAAAAACAAUAAAGGUAUUUAUUGAUGGAAAUAUGGUCUGUGUUUUUGGAUAUUUUUUGUCACUUUUGGCAAUUUCCAAUUUUUUAAAUAAAUCUAGUACAUUUUUAUGCUACAUUAAUUUUCAGAG